AUGGCGGGAGCUUACAUCGGUCUGUUGUGUCUCAUAUGUGGGGUGUUUUUCGCGGUCCUCGGUAAACCGUCGGACCCCCAGGUCCCCAGGGCUUACAACGUGAGUCUCGACGACCCUCCAGAGUCCAGGUGGGACCACGUGCUAAAGGAUUAUGUAAAUGAGGUACCGAAUCUUAUUGCCACCGUCAGGUCGCUGGUUCCCAUCCAGUAUUUGCCGGUGGUAGAAGACUUGGCAGUGGAUUUGGAAUCGUACAUGCCGAGUCCCUUUCCUCAAGAGCUAAGAGGAAUUGCAGAAGCUUUUACCAUGGAUAUCGGGGACAUUGUUUUACUUAAUAUCAUAUACGACGUCACUGCGUUUUGCACGAGCAUCGUGUCCCAGGAUUCGAACGGCACGAUCUGGCACGCGCGAAACCUCGACUUCUAUUACGGCGACAUCCUGCGCAAUAUGACCAUCGUCGUCAACUUCCAGAAGAACGGCUCGACACUCUAUUCCGCGACAACGUAUGCUGGAUAUGUUGGUAUUGCCACUGGACAGAGGCCCCACGGCUACACAGUCACCGUGGAUACCAGGGGUCACCAUGUGCAUGUUGGCUAUUGGUGGGAGAAUGCUAUCAUGGCGUUUUUCGACAAAUCGUCGUGGUUCGUCACAUUCCUCGUCAGGCAGGUGUUGGAGACGGUACCAAAGUACUCCGACGCCGUUAGCAGGUUGGCGUUAGAACCGAUACAUGCUCCAGUUUACUUCAUUGUCGGAGGAACCAAAAGAGAUGAGGGUGUGGUCAUAACACGUGACCGGAUAGCUGCGGUUAACCGGAUGUACAUGGAUGUUCUACAAGGGAGAUGGUAUGUUCUCGAAACCAACUAUGACCACUGGACUACGCCGCCACCUUACGACGCAAAGAGGAGAGCAACAGCCAUCAAGGCGAUGAACGCACUAGGCAUGUCAGGUGUCAACAUGACGUCAUUGUAUGGCGUGCUAUCAACAGUGCCCGUUCUGAAUGAGAACACUACGUACUCCAUCGUGUUCAGCGCAGCCCACCCAGACAUAUCGAAGACGUGGAUUAGAUGGCCUAACACCACACACCGUGCAAACUACACAUAAAUACAGUAGAAUCCAAAUAUCUCA